GGCCGAGGGGCGGAGCCUGGCCGGUGCCCCGGAGCUGCGGGCCCCGUACGGCUGCUGCUGUCCGGGCGCUCUCCGCUCGCCCCGGGAGAGACCCGGCCAUGCAGGAGCCGCUGCUGGGAGCCGAGGGUCCGGACUACGACACCUUCCCCGAGAGGCCGCCGCCGUCGCCGGGGGACAGGGCGCGGGUCGGGGCCCUGCAGAACAAAAGGGUGUUCCUGGCCACCUUUGCGGCUGUGCUCGGCAACUUCAGCUUUGGGUAUGCCCUGGUCUACACGUCCCCGGUCAUCCCAGCCCUGGAGCACUCCCUGGACCCUGACCUGCAUCUGACCAAAUCCCAGGCAUCCUGGUUCGGGUCCGUGUUCACCCUGGGAGCAGCAGCAGGGGGCCUGAGUGCCAUGAUCCUCAAUGACCUCCUGGGCCGGAAGCUGAGCAUCAUGUUCUCGGCGGUGCCGUCGGCGGCCGGCUACGCGCUCAUGGCGGGCGCCCACGGCCUCUGGAUGCUGCUGCUCGGAAGGACGCUGACGGGCUUCGCCGGGGGACUCACGGCUGCCUGCAUCCCGGUGUACGUGUCUGAGAUUGCUCCCCCAGGCGUCCGUGGAGCUCUGGGGGCCACACCCCAGCUCAUGGCAGUGUUUGGAUCCCUGUCCCUCUACACCCUUGGCCUCCUGCUGCCGUGGCGCUGGCUGGCUGUGGCUGGGGAGGCGCCUGUACUCGUCAUGAUCCUGCUGCUCAGCUUCAUGCCCAACUCACCGCGCUUCCUGCUCUCUCGGGGCAGGGACGAGGAGGCCCUGCAGGCGCUGGCCUGGCUGCGCGGGGUGGAUGCUGACGUCCACUGGGAGUUUGAGCAGAUCCAGGACAACGUCAGGAGACAGAGCAGCCAAGUGUCGUGGGCGGAGGCACGGGCCCCUCACAUGUGCCGGCCGAUCGCCGUGGCCUUGCUGAUGCGCUUCCUGCAGCAGCUGACCGGCAUCACGCCCAUCCUGGUCUACCUGCAGUCCAUCUUCGACAGUACUGCUGUCCUGCUGCCCCCUAAGGAUGACGCAGCCAUCGUUGGGGCCGUGCGGCUCCUUUCUGUGCUGAUCGCAGCCCUCACCAUGGACCUCGCUGGCCGCAAGGUGCUGCUGUUUGUCUCCGCGGCCAUCAUGUUUGCUGCCAACCUGACUCUGGGGCUGUACAUCCACUUUGGCCCCAGGCCUGUGAGCCCCAACAGCACAGCGGGCCUGGAAAGCAUGUCCUGGGGGGACUUGGCACAGCCCCUGGCAGCACCCACCAGCUACCUCACCCUGGUACCCCUGCUGGCCACCAUGCUCUUCAUCAUGGGCUACGCCAUGGGCUGGGGCCCCAUCACCUGGCUGCUCAUGUCUGAGGUCCUGCCCCUGCGAGCCCGUGGCGUGGCCUCAGGGCUCUGCGUGCUGGCCAGCUGGCUCACCGCCUUUGUCCUCACCAAGUCCUUCCUGCCAGUGGUGAGCGCCUUCGGCCUCCAGGUGCCUUUCUUCUUCUUUGCGGCCAUCUGCUUGGUGAGCCUGGUGUUCACAGGAUGCUGUGUGCCCGAGACCAAGGGACGGUCCCUGGAGCAGAUUGAGUCCUUCUUCCGCACGGGGAGAAGGUCCUUCCUGCGCUAGGCCAGGGUCCCUGCCUGGAGGGGGCCAAAACCCCGGUGGCUGGGCCUCUGUGUUGGCUGCAAACCUGCACCCUGGGACCGAGAGGCAGCAGUCAGCCCUGCCACCAGCCAGGGCACAGGAAGAGAGCGUGAUGGGGCCUCAGCAGUGUGUGUUCCCGGCUCCAGAGAGGUCGCAUCGCUGUCCAGCUGCAGCCGCAGCCCCAGCUCAGGCAGCCCGCAGUGCUGCACAGACACCAGCCAAGACCCACCAGGGGAGGAGGCAGCCAUGGGCUGCAGGAGAGCACACAACCCACCGGGCGACUUCAGGCCUAAUCCCUGACCCUUGUGUGAAGGACACACCCCUCAGAAGGCCACGGGGAGGACCGAGAAGACGGAGCUGGAAGCAGCCGAGUAAUGUGAUCACAUCUUUGCACUCUGAUCCGGCGGCAUCUGGCUUCGUGUGGAAGACCUGGCUGUGCCCCCGCAAGCCUUCUGGGCACCACAGGGAACAUCCUGGACUUCAGAAGCCAGGGCAGGCCAGGCAUGGAGGCUCACGCCUGUAAUCCCAGCACUUUGGGAGGCC